GGGUGGCAGUGCGAGUGGGCAGGAGGAGGGAAGAUCACCGGUGGGCACUGCGGCACGAUAAUACGGAGAGCUUGCGACGUACGCGACUGUCACCAAACGUUGACGAGGCAGAAAUGGCACGGCGGGAGUCUCGGUGAGGAAAGGGCGAGGGUGAAGCCCUCGCAGGAAAAGGGAGCUAUGGUGAAAAGCUUGGGUUUCCUUGCCAGAAGGGCACCACCUGCUGUCCACCUUUUCGUCGUUUUGCUCGCGCUCGCCCCCGCUUACCACGGCGUGGACCUCUCCCAAUGCAUCGCGCCGCUCGGCAUGGAGUCCGGGGCGAUCCCGGACACGGAUAUCAACGCCAGUUCCAGCUUCGACAACGGAAACGUCGGACCCUACCUGGCACGACUGAAAUCGGAGAACCUCGGUGGCGCCUGGUGUCCUAAGAACCAAAUCACCAAGGAAGCUCGGGAGUGGCUGGAGAUCGACCUUCAUGCUAUCCACUUGAUCACGGCCACCGCUACCCAGGGCCGUUUCGGAAACGGCGUGGGUGUUGAAUUCGCAGAGUACUAUCUGCUCGAGUACUGGAGGCCGCGACUGGGCAAAUGGGUUCGGUAUAGAGACAUCAAAGGAGAGGAGGUAAUACAGGGUAACACGAACACGUAUUUGGAGUCCAAGCACGAGCUGGAGCCGCCUCUGUGGGCGAGCAAGAUCCGUUUUCUACCCUACAGCUAUCACAGACGGACGGUUUGCAUGCGGGUCGAGCUCUACGGGUGUUACUGGAGCGACGGCGUGGUGUCCUACUCGAUGCCCCAGGGCGAUAAGAGGGGCAACGGAUGGGAAUUCUUCGACGCGACCUACGACGGGCACUGGGACGGCGAGCUGCGCCGUGGCCUGGGUCAACUGACGGACGGUAGAACGGGGCCUGAUAAUUUCAAAAUGUACUACGAUAACGAUCGCGCCCAGGGAUGGGUGGGCUGGAGGAACGAUAGCCGCGGCCAACCGGUCGAGAUCAAGUUCGAGUUCGACAAAGUCAGGGAAUUCUCCGCCGUCCAUAUCUACUGCAAUAACGAAUUCACUCGAGGCGUCCAGGUGUUUUCGCAAAUCGACAUACUCUUUAGUAUUGGCGGCAAGUACUACAUAGGCGAGCCCAUCACCUACACGUACAUGGAAGACAAGAUCUUCGAGACUUCUCGGAACAUCACGAUCAAGCUUCAUCACCGAGUUGGAAAAUUCGUUAAGCUGAGGCUCCAUUUCUCGGAUCGGUGGAUCAUGGUCAGCGAAGUAACCUUCGAUUCUGAUAUAGCACACGGCAACUUCACGCCCGAGGAAGCCCCGACCACCGAAUCACCUAUCCAGAGCGACGUCUUCAUCGAGAAGAACGGCGCCGCCGAGGGCGAGCUUCCGGUUUCGACGGCGAAACACGACGACCCCACGUACAUGGCGAUCGUGAUCGGCGUGCUGACCGCCGUAAUACUUUCGCUCGCCGUCGCGAUAUUUCUGAUUGUUUCGCGACACAGGCAACGCAAGUGCUUCGCCAGUCCUAUGACCGGCAAAGCUCCCUCGCAUUUAGGAUCCACCUGCGCCACCGUCGAGAAAGGCGCGGCUCUGAUGGCGUACACCUUGGAGGACGAUGAAAGAUACGCGGGCGGUUCUCUGCCGACCUUGCCCCGCGAUCUCGGAAAUCGUCUCCUAGACAUCGUCAAGUUGGACGACUACCAAGAGCCGUAUCAGGCGCUAAAGUACGCGCCGUACUACAGCUACAGCACCGUCGUUAUGGAGAUGAAAGACAUGAUGCUGAACAACAAGGGCACCAACAUCAAUCACUCAGCGGUGUACGCGAACGGUGCAGUUGACACGUCGUACGAUUAUGCGGUACCGGAACUCGGCACGGUACCCCUGCUCAAUCAGGACGCCGGCGCCGGCCGCGGGGCGACCGUCUCCAACGCCACCGGCGAUCAGGACGGCUUCUUCACCAAGAGCUCGCGGCCCACGAAGACCGAGGACAAGAAGUCGCCGACUCAACAGGAGGUGCUCUCGGCCCUGAAGAGACGUCUGGAGCAGACCAGCGUACCGCUCUUCCCACGGCAUCGCCUUCGCAUGCUCUCGAAACUCGCCGAAGGCGCCUUCGGAACGGUAUACGUGGCGGAAGCCGAGGGGAUUCCGGAAUACGGAACGACGACUACCCUCGGCAAGCGACUCGUCGCCGUCAAGUUUUUACUGCCGGAAGCCAGCGAGAAGGAAAAGUUGGACUUCCAAAGAGACGUGAGGAUUCUGGCUGCUCUGGAAGAUCGCAAUAUUGCACGGGUUCUGGGCGCCUGUUACCGCGAGGAACCGUUCUGCGUGGUAAUGGAAUAUCUGGAACACGGGGAUCUCUGUCAGUUCCUCAAGACGCAUAUCACUGCCGAGGACGCGCAUUCCAUGCCAAUUGGCGUCAAGACGCUCAGUUUCAACUGUCUCAUCUACAUGGCGGCGCAGAUCGCAUCAGGCAUGCGGUAUCUGGAGAACCUGAACUUCGUUCAUCGAGAUCUGGCUACUAGAAACUGCUUGGUCGGCAAGGCUUAUCAUAUCAAGAUCUCGGACUUCGGCACGGACAACGAACUGUACGCCUGUGACUACUACAAGGUCGACGGGACCAUGCCGUUGCCGGUGCGAUGGAUGGCCUGGGAGUCAAUAUUUUUAGGCAAGUACACGACCAAGAGCGACGUGUGGGCUUUCGCGGUGACCCUCUGGGAGAUUUUGAACCUCGGCAGACGCGUCCCGUACGAGCACCUGUCCGACGAAGAGGUGGUGCAGAGCCUGCGGCAACUGCAUCAUGCCGCUGACUGCGGCAGCGCCAAUACCGAGGACAAUUGCAAGGAGGACUCCGGGAACGGCUUCGAUUACCUGCCGCGGCCCACCGCCUCCUCCAAGGACAUCUACGAUCUGAUGCUCGAGUGCUGGCAGCGAGAGGAGGCCGAGAGGCCGACUUUCCGUGAGAUAUCGCUCUUCCUGCAGCGGAAAAAUCUUGGAUACGCUCCAACGUCCUGAUAUUGAGCCCCGGGUCUCA